GGUAUAUAAAUGGCGUAGGAAAAGACAAAAGGCCAGUUAAAUUUCAAUCAACUUUUGAAAGAAACCUGUCAAAGACCUCUCAUUUUUGUCUUCUGCACCCACCAACAACACAGGACAUCAUGAAAGCUUCCCAGCUGAUAGUGAUCGUUUUAAUGAGCCUCUUGGCAUUCGGCGCUUUUACUGACGGUAGGCCAACUGAUGAUGAAACCAAUACGGAUUCCAUCAAUCAAGAAGUGUCGCCCUAUUCGUCAGACACCGAUUUAAGUGAUUCGUACUACACUUCAGCCCGAUUACGUCGCUCUGAUGGCCGACACCAUCAUCACGGGUUUAUCGCUGGAGCCGCAACUGGAGCGGUAGUGGCUAAUCAUCAUCAACCGAACUAUUACGCACCGACCUAUUACUAUCCGCCUACUUAUUACGCUCCACCCAAUUAUUACGAUAAUUAUUAUUACUAAACCAUGUUCACCUACAUGUGUAGCCGCAGUCUUGUAGCAUCCGUUUGUCGAUUCUCAGAACGGUUCAUCCUCUAUAUGCAUAAGUUCAAUUAUUAAAUAAACAAGAAAAUUUU